AUGCGUACGCGCGACUGUCUUCGCUAUUUUUCAAGAUUUGAUACUGUCGCUAGCGUCAUCUUUUGCCACAGUGUGUGCUGCAGGAACGGCAGUUCAAGGCGAAUAAUGAAUAAAAUACGGUUGCUCUUUUCGAGACAUAUCGGCGUUGUUGCGCCGGCUAGUUGGGCCAAUUGUCGCUGGACUGUUUCAGCCACCACAGGCAGCCAUGCCUCAGUCCCGCAGAAACCAGCGCCUGUAGAAGCCUGGUGUCUUUUCAGUUACUGGUCCGGCUCGACCCAGGUAAAAUUGCGAUGGUGGGAGUGGAACCAUCACUGGACGUUCUGGGCUAAUUUCGGCAUGCUGCGUGACUGGCGGAGAAGAAAUCGGGCUAAGGACGAGGCACCGACGCGACUUCGCUUAAAAGCUUUGUGCUAUAGUCACAUUCUCCCUACCGCUUUCAGGGUAAGCCUCAGUAUAGUAUGGGAAUCGUCCGCCAAACAUUCGAAAUUCUUGAAAAACAUGUGUCAGUACACCGGCAGACGGCGUGGUAAAGUUACGCGGUAUCGAAUGUCAAGACUUGUAUUCAGAGAAAAGGCUGACCAUGGAAAAGUAUCCGGGGUGAUUCGCGCCAAGUGGGGUUAA